AAUCAAUUCUGAUUGUGUUCAUAUUUUGUCUUCAGAAAACUAUCGAAUACGCAAAUGCUCAGAACGUUGGUUAUGAAGAAUUCUCUACGCGUCCUCAGUCGCUCUAUCACUUCUGAUAUGAUUCCUGGAACUGUGGGACUGGGCGGCCGCAUGUCUCAGUGCCCUUUGAAGGUCACUAUCUUUGGUGCCUCUACGGGUAAUUUGGGUAGAAGUGUUGUAUAUGAAUUGGCUUCUCGCGGAGUGACCUGCAUGAUUCCGUACCGUGGCGAAGGCGAUGAAGUUCGUCAUCUGAAACAGUCUGGAGAUGUUGGUAAAGUGAAUCCGAUUCCUUUCCAUCCUCUCGACGAGAAGUCGAUCCGUGACUGCAUUGGCAACUCGGAUAUCGUGAUCAAUCUGGUUGGAAAGUACUACGAGACCAAGAAUCUGUAUCUUCGAAAGAACUACACAUUCCAAGACGUCAACAUCUACUUCCCCGAGCGUCUCGCGAAGAUCUGCAACGAGAUGGGCAAAACGAAUCUUCUCCACGUGUCGGCUCUGCAGCAGAACCUCAAGCAUCGUUCGGAGUGGGCUCGCACGAAGGCCAAGGGCGAGGAAGUGCUCCGCGAAGUCAUGCCCAGCGCCUGCAUCGUUCGUCCUGCGGACAUGUUCGGCGAAGAUGACCGCCUGCUGACCUGGAUCGGUAGUCAGCUGCACAUCUAUCCGUGGCUGAUCAAUAUCAAUGGCGGAAGCGCUCUGAAGCAGCCUGUGUGGAUGGGCGAUGUGGCCACGGCGAUUCGCAAGUACUGCAUGACUCCGGACGCUUUCGCGGGAAAGACGAUGGAGUUGGCGGGACCGGAAGUGAUCUCGUGGGCAGAUCUGGUGGCGUGGUUCCAGAAAACAAUAGUGAGUUCGACGAAGCUGCCUCGCACGCCCACAACACUGGCUCGUUGGUUCGCGUUCCUGUUGGAGUUGGGUCCGAAGCCGUAUCUGUCGAGAAGCGAAGUGGAGCUGCGUGUGACGGAUAAUAUUCUGGACCCGCAUACGGAAUGCAUUACGUUCAAGGACUUGGGAGUAGGAACGAUGGAGAAGAUUGAGUGUAGAUUGUUCCUCACAGCUUGGAGCAGAAGGGAUAUAGUGCGGUUCUGCGAUACCGAAAGGGAGGACACUGGGCGUAUGAUGAUGGAAACGCAACUGUGA